UUACGUGACGUCACACGGGUGGUAACAUGAGGAAGGAGUUAAACGCGGUCAGAUUUUAAUUAAGUUUUUAUUGGGUUAAAACCAAAACCUGGCCCAUUUCAGAAUACGGCCGUGACUUUAUUACGUUUUAGGCAUGUGUGGCUUUGAUAAGGAGAAGGGGCCGGGCCGGCUCAUGAAGAAGGGCAUUACACUCAUCCUGGUGGGCCACAUCAACUUUAUUUUGGGAGCCAUCGUGCACGGCAGUAUCCUGCGCCACGUCUCCAAACCCAACGAUGAAAUCACUACAGAGUACACGGCAGUCAACAUCAUAUCCGUGACUUCAGGGCUGCUAAGCAUCAUCUCUGGAAUCAUUGCGAUAUUGGUGUCAAGAAAUCUGCCCGUUUGGAAGCUGCACAUUGGUCUGCUGGUGACCUCGAUGCUGAACACGCUGCUGUCUGCGGCCUGCUGCGUGGGGCUGCUGCUGGCCAUCAGUGUGACGGUGGCUGGACAGGGGCAGGGACUCCUGAAGGGCUGCAACACCAGCGACAGCAACGUGCCCAUCAACGCCCGCGCACCCCUCUACGUGGACUGCCCCUUCGACACCACACGCAUAUAUGACACCACGCUAUCCCUGUGGUUCCCCAGCCUGUUUCUGGCGGCCAUGGAGACCUGCCUGUCUAUCUGGUGCUUCAGCGUGGGACUCACCCUCCGAGGCAUCGGGCCCUGCGCUCGCACCUACAGACUGCAGCUCGGGGAGGAGGAGGAGGCGCUGGCGGCCAGGAGCAAACCAGGAGAGGCCUCCGCCCUGGCCUAGACAACCACUCGCUCCGCAGAAUAGGUACUUCACCGAGUGGGAUGAUGGAACAACAAAUCCUGACUACUUAAGAACUUCCUGGAUAACCACUUUUGUAACCGUGUGAAGGAUUUUUAAUCUUUUGGCUAAGACAGGUGAUCUGCGUUCUCACUGUCUCAAGUCCCAAAGUGCCAUGGUGUGUCCACCAGAUUUCAAACAUUUUAUGAAAUAUUUUAUUUGCUAAGAAAAGUUUUUAUAAUAAGUUUUGUAUUAAGAUGCUCAUGUGGGGUGAAAUAUCUCCUGUAAAACAUAUUUUACCAGGGAGUAAAGUAUUAUCGCGACAUAAAGCUACCUAAACUCACUGCUGACCUGAAAACACUCCGCCGGUCAUAUCUCCCUCAAGUUUGACCGACCGUACCCUAGAGCAGCAGCAUUGCAUGCUGGGAUCCUGAGUGCGUUAAAAAUCAACCCUGUGCCGUGUCCAUUCUAGCCAGACUGCUUGUCAGUGGUGAAGGGGAGAGAUGUUAGAGGCGAUGGGGCGUCGCGGGCCGGCUUUGGGGGUUAAUCAGAUGGAGGGUUUUAGCCAAGCUCUUCCAAUCUAGUCCACCAUGAUAAUCUGCCUGCUGAACGGCCAAAGUAAAUAUUGACAUAAGGAUGCGGGUGCCACUGUCAAAACAAAGGGAUUUCUCCUGACCAGGGCAGUUAAAGCCCCUCCAUCUGCCUGUGGUGGGCUCAACCCCAGAGCCCUUUGGGUGCCCUUUACAAAGACCUGAAGGAUAUUAACAUGAUUAUUUCAAAUGUGUGUUUUAUGAAGACCAUGCAUUAAAUUUGACAGUUUUUGGUAUGGUGAUUUUAUAUUUUAAUAUCUGA